CGGAGAGAACGCCACGCCCCCUUGUGCGCCCAGAAGGGACUUCCGGGACGGGCUCGCAGUGACGUCAGGAGGAGGGCAGAUUGGCCACGUGGAGGGCGAGGACCUCUAGGCAGCUACCAGGAUGGGUGAAAGGAAAGGUGUAAACAAGUACUACCCUCCAGAUUUCAACCCUGAGAAGCAUGGCUCCCUCAACAGAUACCACAACAGCCACCCCCUUCGGGAGCGGGCUCGGAAGCUGUCCCAGGGCAUCCUCAUCAUCAGGUUUGAGAUGCCCUAUAACAUCUGGUGCGACGGCUGCAAGAACCACAUCGGCAUGGGUGUUCGUUACAAUGCAGAGAAGAAGAAGGUUGGCAAUUACUACACGACCCCAAUCUACAGGUUCAGGAUGAAAUGCCACCUCUGUGUCAACUACAUCGAGAUGCAGACAGACCCCGCCAACUGUGAUUAUGUGAUUGUGAGCGGCGCCCAGCGCAAGGAGGAGCGCUGGGACAUGGAGGACAACGAACAGGUGCUGACCACAGAGCAUGAGAAGAAGCAGAAGCUGGAGAUGGACGCCAUGUUCCGCCUGGAGCACGGCGAGGCUGACCGGAGCACGCUCAAGAAGGCCCUCCCCACCCUGAGCCACAUCCAGGAGGCCCAGAGCGCCUGGAAGGACGACUUCGCCCUCAACAGCAUGCUUCGGAAGAGGUUCCGGGAAAAGAAAAAAGCCAUGCAGGAGGAGGAGGAGAGGGACCAGGCACUGCAGGCCAAGGCCAGCCUGGCCAUCCCGCUGGUGCCGGAGACAGAGGAUGACCGCAGACUGGCCGCCCUGCUGAAGUUCCACACCCUAGACUCGUACGAGGACAAGCAGAAGCUCAAGCGGACAGAGAUCAUCAGCCGCUCCUGGUUCCCCUCCACCCCGGGAGCCAGUGGCGGCAACAGCAGCAAAGCCAGCAGUGUCCUGAAGAAACUGGCCCAGAACCGCAGAGCCACUCCCACCAGCUCCCCCGUCACCAUGGGGCACCUGGGCAUCGUGCGGCGGCGAUCCCGGGAGGUCCCAGAGAGCCCCCAGCACCCGGCCGAAACCUUCAAGUUUGGGGAGCCACAGGUGCCAGAGGGGGCCAACCAGAACGGGCCCACCUCCCCCCGAGACUGCUCUCUGGAGACAGCUGAGACCCCUAGGAACAGCGGGCCACUGGGGCAGGAGGAGAGCUGUCAGGACAGGCCCCAGCCCCCUCCAGACACCGCCCCCGAGGCAGCCAAUCCCCAGGACACACCACAGCCCUGCAGCCUCGGCUCCUCGCUCGUGGCUGACUAUUCCGGCUCCGAGAGCGAGUGACUCCACGGCCCAGAUUCACUCCAGAGGCCAGGACUCACCCAGGAGGCCCCUCCCAGGCUGCAGCCCCGCUGGCCCACCAGCCCUUGGAGAGCUCAGUCCCCACCCUGUGCACACCUCACUUUCUCGCAGUGAUGGAGUUGUUAUUUAUUUGGUCCUGGAGAGGGUGUCUGUGCCUUGUGGGACCCAAGACCUCCCAACAUUAAAGCCCUGCUUCUUUGC